CCACGGUGAAAACUUGGCCGCACGUGGAUGUACACCUCCACUCUACAUGCGCGAACUGGUGAAGUGCUUCAAGUCAAGUCCGUAAGCUUCAGGCGAUUUGUAAGACGCCGAUUGGACGUUCAGAAGACUGCAGCCCAGCUAUUCUUUGACCGCAAGCAUCUAUUUUUCGAGUGGACAUAGUGUGUGGCCUCGUCUUAUUUACAGCUACAUCGCGAGUUGCGUCAGGUAUCAACGUGCAUGAGCACCACGGCCCAAAAGACUGCCGCCCUUACUAGCGAUCAAGUGCAAUCGUCGGGUGCAGCAAGCGAAGAAGAAGGCAGUGACAUCUUUGUGGCAGCACAGUAUGGUGAUUGGCAACGCAUAGAUUGGCUCAUAACGAAUAAGAAGUACACAGCAGAUGCGCGCAAUGAGCAAGGCGUCACUCCCCUACAUUGGGCAGCUAUCAAUGAUCGUCUCUCGGCCGCCAAAACGCUGUUGGACCACGGAGCAGAGGUGGACGCAUUGGGUGGAGAUUUGAAAGCAACCCCAUUGAUGUGGGCUGCAAAGUCUGGACACACAGCCAUGGCCCACUUGCUGUGCCAACAAGGAGCUGAUCCAGAGCGUGUCGAUGCUCAGGGAUACAAUGCGCUUCAGCUCGCCACGCAUUCUUCCAAUGUGUUUCUCAUCUUGUUCCUGCUUCAGGUUGACGUUGCCGUGGAUUCAGUUGACCCACAAGGUCAUACUUGUCUCAUGUGGGCAGCCUACCAGGGGGACGCCCUGUCGGUGGAUUUGUUUGCUAGAUGGGGUGCGAGUAUCAACGCUCAGGAUAAGGAUGGCCUCAAUGCCUUGCACUGGGCUGUCGUGCGUGGCAACAAGCAUUGCAUCAAGCGUCUCAUACAGGAGGGCAUCGAUAUUGACCACAAGCAACCAAACGGAAAAUCGGCUCGUGACCUAGCGUCUGAAUUGAAGACACUGCAUGCUCUAGAAGAUGGACUGGCACUUGCCGGGCGUGAUCCAGAAACGGGCCGCAUCAUGUCAUCAUGGCUGCCGAAGUCGUUGCAUAGGAAAGCAAUCUUCUCACUUCCCCAUUUGGUCAUUGGCAUUGUUUUGCUGCUCUUCAGUCGUGCUUCUAUUAUCAUUGCGCUACCAGUCAAUAUCUUGGUAGUCUUAACAUGCCAGAAGAUUGAGGCUGGCCUGCAAGGUAAGGAGCAAAGCAUACAUCAAACGCCUUAUCUUGCUGGCAUCUUUGCUGGAUCUGCAUUUUGGACAACGCUACAUUGGCUCUUUCGCGUACUUCCCGCAACCUACUUGGCCUACACACUUUGCAACUGCAUCUUCGGAGUGAUUUUUGCUCUUUGUCUAUUCAAUUUCUAUCGCGCUAUGCUCAUCGACCCCGGCUUUGUAAAGACACAAGAAGGAAGCCGCGCGGAACAGCGCGAUACUAUCGAAAAGCUCGUCCAGGAUGGGAAUUUCGAUGCACAGCACUACUGCGUGUAUUGUCUCAUGCGCAAACCACUACGCAGUAAGCACUGCAAAGUUUGCAAACGCUGCGUAGCGCGCCAUGAUCACCACUGUCCAUGGGUCGACAACUGUAUUGGCCUGAGAAAUCACCGCUCAUUCAUGGCUUACCUUUUGACCUUAUUUGCCGGCAUUCCAAUGUAUGCUUAUCUGACUUACCAAGGUACACCGCCCACUCUACGAUACGCUUCUGACUUUUAGCUUUGAGCAUUCUUGGACCAGUGGAUGGAGCAGUCG